AUGUCUCCGGCUUAUCAUAUCCCACCUGGCAUUGUGUCACUCUGGCUAGGCCUCCUUAUAGUGCUUUUCACAUGUGUAGAUGCAUAUGAGGAAAUCUCAGAUAAUACGCUGAGCGGACUCCUGCGGCCCAAUAAUGACUUCGAUAUCCACAACGGCGCCCUAUUGUCACCUAUACUAAGGACCCGUGUCCCUGGCACACCUGGCUCUACCGCAGUGCUCAAUCACUUCGCCGACUUUUUUCGAACUACACUGCCCAAAUGGACCAUUGAGUUUCACAAUUCUACAGCCAAAACCCCAUUAUCAAAUGGGAAGGAUGUACCUUUCCGAAACUUCAUCGCUACUCGCGAUCCUCCUUGGGCCUCCGUUGGUGACGUUGGCCGGCUCACUCUUGUCGCCCAUUAUGACAGUAAAAUAGCACCUGAAGGGUUCAUCGGAGGAAUCGACAGUGCUGCGCCAUGUGCAAUGAUUAUGCAUGCCAUGCGCAGCAUUGAUGCCGCACUGGAGAAGAAAUGGUCCGCGUUGAAGGAACAGGAACUCUAUGGCUACCUCGAAGAGGAGCGGGGUCUCCAAGUUAUAUUCUUGGAUGGUGAAGAAGCCUUCAAGGAAUGGACCGCCACCGAUUCUCUCUACGGAUCUCGUGCCUUGGCUACACAUUGGGAUGACCAAGUAUAUCCCGCGAUGUCGGAAUUCAAGGGACCCUUGUCUUCUAUAUCUCUUUUUGUCCUUUUGGAUCUUCUGGGCUCUAAAUCCCCAACAAUUCAAUCUUACUAUGAGACCACCCACUGGGCUUAUCAACGCUUGGGUGCCCUUGAAAAACGGUUCAAGUCAUUGAAGCACUUCAAGUCUAACUCGGCUGAUUCGUGGUUCAUUGACACCGAAAACGACGGUCACCGGCUCGCGCCUAUGGGUGGCAUCCAGGAUGAUCACCUUCCUUUCCUCGCAAAGGGGGUUGAGAUCCUUCAUCUCAUUGACUAUUCUCCGUUCAAGGGAUUCCCUCCUGUUUGGCAUACAAUCGACGAUGACGGGGAGCAUUUAGAUUUGGAUACCGUCGAGGACUGGAGCAUGCUAGUUACUGCCUUUGUUGCGGAAUGGAUGGAGUUGGAAGGAUUCUUUGAUCGUCCAUCCUCCCCUAGUCCACGCAAUGACGAGUCUGCUGAGUUGGAAGCGCUUCGCCUGAGCAGGAAGACUGAGUUGUAA